CCUUGACCACAUGCCCAAUCUUGGACAUUUAGUGCACUGUGAACAUUUAGUGCACCAACCAUCAUCAGACCUGAUGAAUUUGCGCAAAACGGAAGUGUAACAGGAAGCCUAUAAGUUCGAGCCCGUGAUAUAAAAGCAAAAGCGCACGAAGUCAAACAGCAGGUUAUAACGAGGGACGGUGCCAUUAUUUCAGUCAGUAAGUCAGAGAAGGAACUUGUGCAUCUGACAGACUACUGAGGAUUAAACUUCAGAAGUUUGGAUUUCAUAACCAGUGUGAAGAUGGAAAAGAUGGGAGAUGGCAACAAAAGAAAGAAGGUGACUGGUCACUUGUUGUUCUGUGUGUCCACGGCAGUCAUUGGCUCUCUGCAGUUUGGCUACAACACAGGGGUCAUCAAUGCACCUUAUGAGAAAGUACAGGCCUUUUUUAGGAAUGCAUCUCUGGAGCGCUAUGGAAGAGUCAUGGAUGCCUCCACUGUUACUACCUUGUGGAGUUUUGCUGUGGCUAUAUUCAGUGCUGGUGGCAUGGUUGGUGCUCUCUCUGUAGGAGCUCUGGUCAACAAGUUCGGGAGAUGCAAGUCUAUGCUCCUGUGCAACAUCUUGGCUCUGAUCGGGGGUGGGCUGAUGGGCUUGUCCAAGGUGUCCCGCUCGUAUGAGAUGGUGAUUCUUGGCCGUCUGGUCAUUGGCAUCUUCUGCGGUCUCUAUACAGGUCUGACACCCAUGUAUGUGGGGGAAUUGGCACCAACAGCACUGAGAGGAGCGUUUGGCACCCUUCACCAGUUAGGGAUUGUUGUUGGCAUUCUCAUAGCUCAGAUCUUAGGUUUGGAGAGCUUGCUAGGUUCUCAUGGUCUUUGGCCACUGCUGCUGGGGCUGACGGUGUUGCCUGCAGUACUACAGAGCAUCAUGCUGCUGUUUUGCUCAGAGAGUCCCAGAUACCUGCUCAUCAACCUGCAGCAGGAGGACAAGGCUCGCAACGUGUUGAUGCUUCUUCGUGGGAAUGACAACAUUGAAGAUGAUGUUCGGGAGAUGAAGGAGGAAGCCAAUAAGAUGGCCAUGGAAAAAAAAGUUUCCAUCCUGGAGCUGUUCCGCAACCCCAUCUACCGGCAGCCUAUCAUCAUCGCCAUCGUCAUGAACCUUUCUCAACAGUUCUCUGGCAUCAAUGCUGUAUUUUAUUACUCGACAGAAAUCUUUAAGUGGGCAGGUAUCACUGAGCCGAUAUACGUCACUAUCGGAGCAGGAACAGUCAACACUGUCUUCACAGUGGUCUCUCUCUUCCUGGUGGAGCGGGCAGGACGAAGGACACUUCAGAUGAUUGGAUUGGGUGGAAUGGCCGUUUGUGCUCUUCUCAUUACCAUCUCUCUUCAGCUAUUGGUGGUGCCAUGUGAACAACAAGUAGACAACAUUUCUGGAAUUCCAGGCUCAAAUGCCUGCAACAGAACCAUGGAGGCAACACAGGAUGGGAGUACAACUCCAGUGAUAAGCUACGUGGCCGUCGUGGCUGUUUUUGGGUUUGUGGCAACUUUUGAGAUUGGCCCAGGUCCAAUCCCAUGGUUCAUAUCAACAGAGCUCUUUGCUCAAGCUGCACGGCCAGCUGCUGUCGCUGUGGGCGGCUGCUCCAACUGGACAGCCAACUUUCUGGUGGGUCUGUGCUUCCCGCUUCUACUGAGCGUGUGUGGACCAUAUGUCUUCAUCAUUUUUCUCAUCCUCCUUGUGUUCUUCUUCCUGUUUACCUACUUCUUUGUUCCUGAGACCAAAGGCCGGACCUUUGAGGACAUUGCCAGUGGAUUUGCUAGAAAGGCAGCUUCCAGCCCCACCCAGGGAGAGGGUGUGGCCAGUGUCUCAGUCUCUUCCCCAACAGAGAAAGUUGCAAUGGUGGAAUUUUAGUGGACAGGAGGCAGCCGAAACUGGAACUAACCCAUAGAGCUCAGGCAAAAGGUUUCAUUUAAACUCCUCACAUGUUUUUACAAGCACCAGAGAAGAGAAACAGUUAGUUUAAAGGCUAGUCUAAGUUCUAAAAGAGAAUUCCCAUAGUAAUACCCACUUGGAUCAGAUUUAUUAAAGGAAGCACUAAAUCAAGCUGUUUUUGCUACCAUGAUGGCGUGCGUUGCCAGUGUAGAGGGUGAACUACUAGAGAUGUGCAUGCAAAUGAAUACAGCCUCACUUUGCCUAAUUAACAAAUGCCUGCAGCAACAGAAACCCCUUUUAAUGCAAGCCUUUGUGUCUGAAACGAAGUGAAGGAAUUGCACUACUACUCCUAUUGGUUGGGAUGCAUAUUUUUCUAUUAUUUCUUGCAAUAAGUUCAUAAGAGUACAGAAUGGUUUCUUCAGGGAUCCAAAUCAAUUUAGAAACAACAAGAGCCAUUUAUGACCUGAAAUAAGCAAAAGGUUUUCAUGCGCAUUAAGUAACACAUGCAAAGACAAAUGAAAUAAUAAUUCUCAGCCUUUAAAAAUCUGAAUAAUUGAAUAAAAAUCUGAAUCAUGUGUAUUAAAUGCAUAGGCAUUAAUGAAAAAGCAACAAAUCACCAUGAUCACUGCUCUGAUUGUAUAUUAAGCAGCUUUUAUAUAAGUAGCUAGUCACUGUUUAUUACAUUUGCACAUCAGUCAUGUUUUGACAGUGCAUUAAUAAAUCUGCUCACUUAGUAAAAAGUAGCCAGUCUUUCACUGAAUGUAAGUCAAAAUACUAAAGUUAAAAUAUCUUUAUAGACACAUCAAAACCAUUGUCAGUCUCAGGAACAGGUUGUAACAGAACAACACGUUUUUAUAACUGGUGCAUCUUCUACAAAGCUAUAUUAAUACUUGAGAUGAAGAGAUGUAAUUUUAUUUAAAGACAUGCAAUGAUUUACUAUUAAAUAUUCUUCUUGUAAUAUCCACUGUGUGUGAUGGUUAAAUCUAUCUUCUUAUAAUUGAGCACUUUUAAAUAUGAAAAAUAUGAACAAAAAAAAAAAACAAUAUUUAUUUUAACUGGAUUUGGAAAAUAGUGAAAUUGUUCACUAUAUGUUAUACUCUGUAUCAUUCUGCUCCUAGUGUGUCCUUACCUGCAUUUAACACAUGAAACAUACGGUACAUCAUUUAUUUGCUUGGAAUUUAUGUCUUAAUAAUGUUUUUAUUCAUGUUUUAAGCAUUUUAGUUUACACAAGUUUGUGAAAUGAAGUUAAUGACCUUUGCAGGGAGCGGUUUCUACUUUACAGGGGUUUUACUGUCUUUCUUGAUUUAUAACCAUAUCAUCACAAAUCAGUUAAGUAAUGUUUCUGUAUAGUCGUGUUGCUUGGUUUGGUCAUGCUUUCUUUUUUCAUUACUUGCAUGUAUUUAAAGUAUUAUUUUAUUAAUUAUGAAUGAAUAAAAUACUUGAAUAUUUCACAG